AUGCGCGUAUGUGACUUUCCUUAUCAGAGCGUUUGUGAGUUCCAUUAUGUGCUCGUAUGUCUCUCUAUGGCACAUGGCUCGAGUGUCCCACCAACCAACCAUGCGGGGUGGAGCAGACCCCCCACUCGGCCUUCUGUCAGCUCUGCUCGGGCUUCUGCAAAGAGUGCAGCUCCUAUGUGGACCAUCUCCCCUUCCCCACCCUCCUCCCCCUCCCCUCCUCCUACCUCUCCUUCCCCUCCCUCCUCUCCAUCCCCCUCCCCUGCAACCUCCCCCUCUCCUUCCCCACCCACGAAAGCCCCCCCUUCUGCCUCUCCACCCUCUCCUCCCUCCUCCUCCCCCUCCUCCUCCUCUGACUCCUCUUCUCUCUCGCUCGGAGUGAUUGUGGGUGUAGCGAUCGGAGCAGGGGCGCUUGUCAUUGCUUGUCUCGCCCUGAUUUGCAUCCUCGUCAAAGGCAGACCCACUACAGGGCCCAGCUCAGCCGGCCUUAUCCGGCGCUACAGCUUGAGUGAGGUGCUACAGGCGACAGACAGCUGGUCCCGAAACUAUUUCGGCGCUGCAGCCUGGCAGAGGUGCUACAGGCGACGGACAGCUGAGCGAGCCAUUGUUGAAUCUGCUGUUGCUGCUGCCUACUCCCCCCAUCUGCCCCAGUCCCAGGCCUGCCUGUUCCGGCGCUACAGCCUGCCAGAGGUGCUACAGGCGACCAACAACUGGGCGAGCUACAACCACCUGGGCAGCGGGGGCUACGGGGACGUGUACAAGGGUGUGCCGCCCAGUGCGAGAGUGGGCGGCGGAGGGGGCGGAGUGGGCGGAAUGGGGGGAGUGGGGGGAGAUAGUGGUGAAGCAGGCGUGACAGGGGCGAGUGUGAACGUGAGAGGGAGUGGGAGGGGAAGUGGGAGGGGAAGUGUGUGGGGGAGUAAGAGAGGAGGGGGUGGAGAGGGGGAGGUGGGGAUUACAGUGGACGCGGGAGAGCCUCAGGUGUGGGCGGUGAAGCGAGCCAAGAUACGAACCAACGACUUUCACAAGGAGGUAGAGCUGAUGGCGAGCAAGCAUCAUCCCCAUCUCGUCCGUCUGCUGGGGUACUGCGUUACAACGGACGCCAAGACGCACGAGCAGGAGCAGAUCAUCAUCUAUGAGUUCAUGGAGAAUGGCGAUUUGGAGCGUGUGUUGAAGAGAGCACACGAGCAGGAGGAGAUCAUCAACUGUGAGUUCACAGAGAAUGGGGACCUGGGGCGCGUGCUGAGAGGGGUCUGA